AUGCCCGACAAUUGCGAAUGGACCCCGGCUGAGGAUGAAAACUGGUCACUCUCGACUCCGAAUUCCUUGAGACAGACUGCUUCGUCUCAAUCGUCAACGCGCAGACCUAUCAGGUCUCAACUAUCGUGGAACCAGUCUUCCGGGAAAGACUUGAUUCUCCCUCCGAAAGUUCUCAUCACUCAUCUGGUAGAAGUCUACUUUGACUAUGUUCAUCCUCAGAUCCGGCUCUUUCAUCAGCCGAGCUUCGUUCCUUGGGUCGAAAGCAGCUCGUUCGUGUCAGACGGAUACUCCACACUGCUCCUGUUAGCGAUGUUUUCUUUGGCGGCGAGAUAUUCGGAUCAGCCCGAGGUGGAUCUUUUUGACCGAUCGCUGCGUCAGAUGUCCGGAUGCCGCAACACUCAAGAUGGUGCCAGUCACAAAAUCCGAAAACGAUGGGACCGCGGGAAAGGCUUCCUUAGUCAAGCGAACAGAUUGCUCAUGGGUGAGAUCUCGAAGAUGGACAAUUUAGAGCUCAAAAGCGGUGGGAUGCAGAGACCAUCGAUUGCCCUCGUGCAAGCUGCCGCUCUGCUCACUUUCGCCCAGCUGGGAAUGGGACUCAACAGCCGAGCGUUUUCCAUUUUAUCAAUGACUGUGCGACUAGCCUAUGACUGCGGCCUGGAUCAAGUUGACAGCUACGACAAAACCAUGCCCAACCCAAAGGGUACCGGCGUCUGCUCAUCCAGAUCCAUCUGGGUUGAGCAAGAGGAGCUGCGCCGCGCCUGGUGGGCCGUUGCCGACUUGGAAAACUUUGUUUGUGUGACAAAAGACCGGCCGCGUCUAAUCGACUGGGAAAGUUGCAAGACAAAGCUUCCUUGUGAUGACAAGGACUGGUUUGAAGGCCGUGACCGUCCGUCGGUCUUUUUACCAGUGAGUCUUCACGACUUGCGGGCGUCUCUGGCACUCCCGUCGCAACUGUCCGUCCUGGCGUGUCGGAUCAUGACGAUGCAUCUGGUCGCCAAGUUGAUCAAGGCAGCGAUCAUAGACGACAGUGUGCCCCAAUCACAGGAUCUUUUCUACACGAUCGAGGAGUGUGCUACGGCUUGGAAGCAAAACAUGCCCAUGGGCUGGAGAACGGAGCCGCCAUUGCAGAAAACCCCUGGCCAGCCUGACGUCUCGACCGACUGUGUCCCCCUGCGGAUAGGGAUUGAAUGGCGGGUCUCAAAAUCCUCCCCCCGUGUGCUUGCUGCUGACCAAAGCAUUCAGUAUAUUGUUACUCAGCAACAAGAUCCGUGUAUUUAA